CCCUUCUAUGCCAGACGGUGGAGACGGCGUUAUGACCUGUUGAGCAGCACCACCAUGUGGCUGGUGGUGGGAAUAGGUUCCUCCCCCUUUAUCGUCAUAUACCAGCCUUAUACCCAGCCCUAACCCCAGCCCUUACACCGGUAGUGCCAGAAUCAGCCCUAUACCAUACUCAACACCCUACACCUUACCUUACACCAGCUCCAGCCCCAUCGACCGCUGUUUUAAGGACCUACUCACCGGGAAACUGUCACUGCCCCUGGUGGCAGCCAUGAUGGUGUUUCAGGGUAUAGUGUCCCACUGCCCCACGGUGCUGGUGGUACGUCAGGGUAUAGUGUCCCACUGCCCCACGGUGCUGGUGGUACGUCAUUUCCACCCUGUUUCUCUGUGUGUAGCCAGUCUUUCCUGCUGUCUGAACCCUCUGUUAUAUUAUUUAUUCCCUGCAGAAUUCAGACAGCACCUCUCCCAACGCACCUCCUCUCCUCUCCUCUCCUCCUCCAUCAGGGAGCGGCUCAUGAUCCUGGAGAGCACCUCCUCUCCUCUCCUCCUCCAUCAGGGAGCGGCUCAUGAUCCUGGAGAGCACCUCCUCUCCUCUCCUCCUCCAUCAGGGAGCGGCUCAUGA